UUGAUUGCCUUACUUCCCUUGCACUCGUCGUCCCUCUCAGUAGUUCUCCACCCACCAGCCGACAUAGAAGGCACCACACGAGCGCCGCGCGUUCUCCGUCCAAACAUAUGGCAAAAAGGGCCGCCUUUCUUUCUUUCACCGGUGUUCCCACUACUCUUUAAAAAUUCCGCCGAAAAAGAGAAGACGAUUUUCCAAAACCUUUCGGCCGUUAUCUCACGGCUCCCCUGUCUCUGCACCGGUGUAUGAGCGCUACCCGGAGGGCCUAGGGGCGGCUCUUUACCGGGAGCAGUUUGACUUUAACGCUGAGCCUCCUUGGGAUCCUAGCUGAUAGCGGGACAGGUCCAUCUCCUGACUUGUCCAUUUUGUUGCAUACCGGUAGGACCCAGUUGGCUCAGUCGUGACCCCUUGACUUGUUUAUCUGUUUUUAUGAUCACCGGCUUCGUGGAAUACUGUUAAAGAUGAAAGGAUUUGCUGACAAGCCCAACUACAUCAUUGAACUCCUUGAAGGGAGUGUCACCCUGGAAGACGUCAUCGACGGACACAUCUGUGAACAGACUGUGAUGGAGAAGAGUGCGUUUGUUGUGGGGGACCUCGGUGCUCUGAUGCAGCAGCACGCAUGCUGGCAGAGUGUGGUGCCACAGGUGCUGCCAUACUACCCGGUCAAGUGCAACAGCAGCCCUGUUGUCAUUGAAGUUUUGGCUUCCUUGGGGCUGGGCUUCGUUUGUGCCAACAAGGCUGAAGUUAGCCUGGUCCUGGAACAUGGCGUGCCUCCAGAAAACAUCAUUCUGUCGAGUGGAUUCAAGCAGCUGGCACACAUCAAGUACGCUGCCAAGAACAACAUCCAGCAUCUUGUGUGUGAAAACGAGGCAGAGCUGUCCAAAAUCGCCCGUCUGCACCCCAAUGCAAAAUUGCUGCUGCAGUUGACCACUGAGGCUCAGGCAGCUGAGAACAGCAUGGCAUUUGGCUUCUCUCUGAAGAACUGUCGGCACCUGCUGGAGAAGGCCAAGGAUCUGGGCAUCGAUGUGGUUGGAGCAUCGUUCCACAUCCCAAGCUCUUGCGAAGACCUCCAACAGGCGUACACUCAUGCUCUGUCCGACGCUCGCUGUGUGUUUGACAUGGGGUUGGAUCUCGGCUUCAAUAUGAACAUCCUAGACAUUGGUGGAGGAUUUACUGGCUCAGAGUUUCAGCUCAAACAGGUUGAGUCUGCAAUCAGGACCCUGCUGGAUGCCUAUUUUCCCCAGCUUUCCGGCGUGCAAGUGUUGGCCCAACCUGGCAGCUUCUACGUGGCGUCGGCUUUCAGCCUUGCAGUAAACAUAAUUGGCAAAAAGAUAAAGACCCAGAGCUGGAACUGCUUAUCUCAAGGCGAGAAGAGAGAGGAUACAGAGUUCCUGUACUACAUGAACGAAGGCGUUUAUGGCCCAUUCAGCCAUAAGUUGCUUGGAAACACCAUUGCUGCCCCUUCACUGCACAAGCAUGAUCUCUGUGCUGAGGAGGCCGUGUAUCCCAGCAGCCUGUGGGGUCCAUCUCUGGACCAGCUGGACCAGGUGGUGGACCACUGCCUGUUGCCGGAGCUCAGUGUGGGAGACUGGCUCAUCUUCUCCAACAUGGGGACCUGUGGCCUGGAGGACCUCAGCUGUCUUUCCAGCUCCAUCGAUUUCCCAGUCUACUACAUUAUCUCCACCUCUGACUGGUACAAAAUGGAAGAAGCUGGCGUGGCUCUGAACAAUCCUAUUAAGAACUUCUCAAUGCUCCAGUACAGUGCAUAACUAGCACACAGAUUGCACAGAUCUUCCUUACCUCAACCGUCACCGUGUGAGCAGAGGGGUCAGCGUCGCGUUUGAAACAAGGGGCUAAAUAGGGUCAACAUUCCAGCCACCUUGAAAGCUGCAGUAUUUAAAAUAAAAUUCCCCUCCCUGUUUUCUAGGAUUUCAAUUAUUUAAUUCUUCUUACCUCCAUAAAUGGAAAACUGUUGUUUUGACACUUCAGUUAUCGGGAAGUUACCAUCAUAGAAAGACUCGGUCAAAGGAACUCUAGUCCAAAUUCAAAUUGUAUUAUGCAACAAAAUGGAUGACUCUUUGGGGAUGGGACCCCAACAGGUUCUGAACGUUUUUUUUUUUUUUUUUUUUUUUCUUAAAUCGACCUAAAAUGUUUGAUUAUUUUAGUAAAAUCAGAGAUCUUUGUUAGUUACCUGUUGUUUAAAAUCUGUCUGUUCAACAAUAGUAUAAUGUCUGUUUUUUUUGUUUGUUUUUUUUGGGCGGGAGCCUUCAAAGUCACUUCUCAGUGUGGAUUCUGUACUACAUGCCUUUUGUUUUUUGCAUAAUUUGGAAGAAAUGACAAGAUCUGCUUUAAUAUAUAUCACCUUAACACAUGUUUAUUUAUUGGAUUGAGAUUACUGUGGCAUAUUUAAAGUUCCAUCUUUAAGAGUGAUAUUCUGUGGCCCUUUUAUCAUUGUUUUUUGAUUUUUAAAAGCUUUUUUUUUGUUUGUUUUUCCUGGUAACGCUACAAUAUUAUUUGUGCUGUGAUAACCAUUUGUAAUCUUCGAAAGACUAAAUGAACUUUAGUGGAGCGUUUUCUCUUUUGGUUCAGAGUUCCAGGACAUGGAAGCAGCAAAUCAUUUGCACUUCUGGUCUGGACAGGAGUGAUGGGGUUGAAAAUGCACAACUUUUUUUUGUAGGGUUAAGCGGAACGGUUCUAUUGGACAUAGCAAGACUUGGAUCCUCAUUCUGAGCAACCUGUUGCUCGGUCAGAGGGUCGUCUUUUAUUUUGAAUCAGAAAAAGCUGUAAAUUUAAACAUAAGCAAAUAAAAAUGGCAGACCUGAAAAGACAGACUUCAAUAGAAAAACAUGUUGCGCAGGUCUCUGAGAUAUUUCUAAUAAAAAAUAACAUGCUUUUAUCCCUAGCUCUGUAAAAUUAUGAAGGGCUUAAAGCACAUUCGUGUAUAAAUUUCUGUUAAAAAAAGAAAAAAAAAACAAGAGGUUGACCUGACUUGUUGGCAGUUUGAGAGUAUCCAGCCCUCGUGUUUUACAAGUGACUAAUGUAAUUACUUGUCUAAGGCACUAAUGGACCAUAGCCUGUUUUCGACUGUAAAUUGUGCUUGUUAAAGUAAUGAAAAGUGAUUAAUUUAAUACAUUUCUGACUGAAAUAA